AUGCGAAAACCUUGUGUUUUAUUGAUUAUUGCGAUUUUUACGGACCUUAUUUAUUCACAAGGUGAGUUUUGAAUUUUUUUUGAGUUGAAAUAGGUUUAAAAAUCGGCUUAGACAUUCAAAAUCUUGGUUAAAAUACGUUAAGAUCAAAAUAUCCGAUUUUUUUCAAUUUCCCGGCUUCUUUGGCAUUCUGUUUUUCUGCAACUACGAUUUCUGGAUUGGCCAAAAAUUAUACACACAUGCUGCGAAACGACUACGUAUUAAUCUCUGAAAAAUUCAGCGUUAACUUUGCAGUCGUUGCCGAGAAAUUCAGCAGCUGUUUUGGCGAGAGAGCAAGGGAAAUGAGGAGGCCGGCGGUGGGAAAAUGUUCCACAGCACUUGCGCAACUCGUGGCAAAAAUGUCUUGAGAAUUUACCGCGGCCCCGAAUCUGGCAGAAAAAUGAUUUGUCGCUGUAAAAAAUUGGGAAUCCGCGGCGUAAGGCGAAAAAUUCAAAAAGCAUUGAUUUUUCGCGAUUUUUGCUUUUUGCUUCAAGUUUCAGUUUGUCGGAAAAAUAACGGUGGGUCAUCGCGGCAAAAUGCUUAAGACUUGUCGAAAAAGUGGUGAAGUCGCGCAUCAAAUUUCCAGCUACUAGCAGUUGAAAAGCGAUGUUAGGCGAUACCAUGGCGCAAGGACUGCUUUUCCGACAAGCUGAGAGUUAAAAAAGAGUAAAAUUUUCAAGCCAAAAAUCGCAAAAAAUCAAAUUCUUCACAAAUUUUUAACUUAUUUCCCCAUAUUUUAGACCUUGAAGCCUCUCCGAAAUGUUUUGUCUGCUCCAAAGGCAAAGACGAAGAUCUGAACGAGCUCAUGGACAAUUUUAACGUCCAUUUGGGAUCAAAUAUUCGAAAUGUAGCCUUCAAGCAGCGCUCCGAAAAUUGUGGAGGAGGCAAAGAAGCUCCACAAGAAUUGCUGGUUAGUUGCUCAACUUCCUGUGCAAUUGCCACUAUUCACAAUAUUACCGAGGAAACAGUGAUUGCUGGAUGCGCGGCGAAGAAAAUUACUCGAGAAGUGAGUGAAAAAAAAACCAAAAGAUUAAAAUUAAAAAAAAUAUUAUUUUUUUUUUGAUUAAAAAUUUUUUAGGAAUCAAUAGUUGACACUUAUGUCAGCCGAAUUUACAUCCUUGAAAUGUGCACCACCGACGGUUGCAAUGACUUAGUCCGUAAGCCCGAUUAUUUUUAUUACUUUAUGAAUUUAGGCGGCCUGGCUAACCUUUUUCGACCCGCUAACUUGGUGAUAUUAACAGGGAUUUUUAUAUUAACAGGUUUCUAA